AUGUCGUACGUGCCUGGCAGAUUCUACGCCACGAAACCUUGGGCAGCAUACGACGUGCUGCGAGACUCGGUCAUGCCCGAGAUCCUGACCGGGAGUGCAUACAUGUCUCUUGCUCUGUACAUUGCCGCGUCCAUUGUGAACACGCUCAAGCCGCAACCGCAGUUCUCGGAAGAGUGGAUGCUCACCCGUCAGUCGACAAACUAUCGACUAUUGAGACAGCUGCUGAAAAAUCAGCAGGGUCACCCGUGGGACUGGGCCAUCACAUGCAUUGUCGUGGCGGGCUACGCUGAAUCCAUGGCCGGAUUGGCAGACCGCGGCCGAAAACACACAAAAGCCGGCCUCGUUAUGCUGCAGGACUUUCGAAACCUUCAACGCAUGAGACUUUCUUCAGGAUCCAUCGCUUUCAAGGUCUUUCUGCAGACCGGCGUGCCGAUGAUGUUCACGACAAGUGCUGCGCUCGAGACGGCGAUGAACAGUGCUUGUCAGAACCUACGGCGAAUCCAAUCUUGGACGCGUCUCAAGCGGAGAGCACGUUGCUCUAGCCUCCAUUGUCAGUAUCAUUCCCCUGAAUCGGCAGCAAACGACGAGGCCACGGAGCCAGCAGUGAGCUCGAAUGGACAGUGUCGUUAUUGGACUGCACGGCAACGUGCACUUGGGCCGACAACAGCCAUGGGCCGCUUACUGGCAUCCAAGCCGAUCCAAAUGCCCAUGUCGGACGAGAGGCUAGUGAUGGCAACCAUCUACGCUCUCAACGGCAUCCUCUGUAAUCUGCAAGGCGACGACGCUGCAGCAGAAACAUUUUUAGCCAAUGUUGGCGAGAUGACGGUGAACAGCCUUGACGAGGGCGUCGACCUAAGUGUGCCACCACGAUUUGCCUUGCAGAACUGUGUCCACAUUGUUAUCGCCUGCGCCGAGAAGCAGGGCCUGUGGUUCUACCACGGUCCAGGACAUGCGCUACCCGCCAUGCGCACCUGGGAGGCGCUCGAGUUUGUGGAGAUCACGAUGCUGACGUCGCCCGCGAAGCAGCAGAAGAUCAUGGCUGCGUUGCGAGGUUGGCUUUGCUGGCAACCUCAAGAGCUGACGACGGGAGGAGGAGAUACAUCCCUCUUUAGCGACGACAAGGAGCUGCAAGAGUUCAAGGAUGAAAUCAUCGCCAACUGGAAGGCCAGAAGAGGUUCAGGGACUUCGAGUCGAGAAACAGCCACGCAUGCAAAGCACCCUUGA